AUGGCUGAGGACACGGAGCAUAUGGAGAUGCCGCAGGUGUUCAAUUUCGUGUUGGAGAGCUUCCAGGACCCGAAGUUCACAGCAGAAGUCGAAACACUGAUCUGUACCAACAUCGACCUCUUCGCCAAAGCCACGGCCGACGGCAGUCACCCCCUGGAGUGGGAAAUGCAGCAUAGGAAAUACAAGAAGUUGCACGAGGAUCAGCUCCAGCGUUCGGUGUCCUUGUGCAACGCCAGCUUCGAGGAGUUCAUGGAGUAUGUGGCAGUUUGCAACCAACACUACGGCGACGACCCCGGUUUUCAGUCGCUCAUGACAGCCCUCACGAAUAGUGAAGACUACACUGCGUUCUGCCAGGUGAUGUUUAACGCUGUGAGGGAAAAUUGGGUGCCGGAGGACUCGGCGCCGCCGCCACUCGAGCAGAACAUCCAAGUUCAUGGGGUGGACGUUAUGAUUCGUCAGGGUUUUGGCCCUGGCAUGGUGAUGACCGUGGAGUAUCUCGGCAUGGUGCACCAAGUCGCCGUGCCCGACGGUUUCUUUCAAGGAAUGGUGAUGCACGUGCAGCUGCAGGUUCCUGCCCUGGCAGACGGCUGGUACCCUCAAUGUGAAGUCCCGUAG